UUAGCCAGUGUACUGUGUUGUUGUACUCGUGUGUUUUAUCGAAACGGAUUUGGUUUCCUUGCAAACUUUGGUAAAAAUGUCAAAACUGGAUAUUUUACAUUCUAAAUUGGUGAAGCGUAUGUCAGCUGUCAUUCGGGAUAUUUUAGAGGAGGUGGGAGCGACGGUGAAUGAUUAUCAGGAGGAAACAGCCCGCGUGCGAACAGAAAACGCAAAGCUCAAACAACAGCUAAAAAAUGUGUUGAGCCGGACAGAGACACAUCUCAACGAGCUUCGAAGUUCUGGUCAGAAUUCACUUGCAUUGAAUGGACAAACAGAGCCGAGAUAUUCUUCUAAAAAUCUUCAAUUGUGUUCUGCAGAAGAAAGUCAUUCACAUCGGGGAUGGCACGAGGUACAAGUCCACCAUGUCUCUCAGGAUAGUCCUGAUGAAGUCUCACCCACAGAGUUCCCAGCAUGUGGGUUUGGGUCCCAGAUGGACUCAGAAGACCAAGAGCCUCAGCAAACAGAGACCUAUAGCCAGAGCCAAGAUACAUCUAGCGAAGAGAAGCCAUGCUUGCAAGAUCUGAUUUCAGUCUGCAAGACAGAGGCAGAGGAAAUGGAAUUAAUGACCCUGCCCAUUGAGGGAACGGAGAAAAUUAAGAUGGAGCCAGAAGACACUAUCGUCACAAUAACAUCAGUAACUACUAAGUGCAAUGACUCCGAAACCAAUCACCAGCUAAGAACAGCCUAUAACGCUUCAACCACGUCGAGGAAAACACGAGGAAGGCAGUUGUAUUUUGCACGACACCCCAAACCUAAGAAGGUUGCAGCAAAAAGGGCAAAAGAUGAUGGGUAUUAUACAUGUAACAUAUGUGGAAGGCAUUUAAAGGACUUGGAAAAGCUGCAGUUGCACAUGAAGAUGCAUGAAAAAUCUUACAGCUGUCAUUUGUGUGGCAGGGACUUUUUAAAGUUUGACUAUCUUCGGAUGCACAUGCGCACACACACAGGAGAGCGACCUUACCGUUGCAAGUGGUGCUCAAAGACCUUUAGUCAGAGUGGCAACACAAGAAGACAUGAGCGUACAUGCCAGAGGUCCACUAAAGUAAAAACAGUGCAAACAAUAGAAGAGGCUUCCCUUUUCCAGAUAAUAGACAAGAUUGACACUGGUUCCAACACUCUUUGACUGAAGAGUUUUUAAUACUUUUUCAUGACCUUUCCAGUCAUUUGUGAUUACUGGAUAAGGAUUCUCAAUAAUCAUGUCUGGGGAGGAUUUCCAAUUAUGUUAGCUACUGAUCCUUGGGAUUAUUAGCUUUAAUUGAGUAUGUACAUUAGUGUACAAAUGUAUCCAGUUAGCCAAAAAAAUAGAAUCGCAUGCAGCUCAAUGGACCAUUCUGCUUUUCCCAUUACCCUUACCAUAGGGCCAUCCGAUAGCGAUCAUGGGGCCCGAUUGCACUGUUCUAAUGACAACCCUGCCUUAUCAUUUGAAGACCAUUUUGUGGUAAUAAUGCGUAUUUACUACAGACAUUUUUCAACUUGAGCGUACAAUUUACAGCUAAAUGGCUUAAGGUGAAAUGUGCUGAUUUAACCCUGAGAGACCCAAGCAUAGAUGUUCUUGACAUAUUAUUUUUAUCCACUCUUAAAUAUGUUUUUAGGUAGCCAAUGAUUAUAAAAAAAAAACAUAACGUUUAUGCAUAUUUUGCAUUGGAGAGUAAUAUGGAGAAACUCUGGGCAUUUAGGGUUGCAAGAUUUCACUACUGAUCUUUAAUGCAGAAACUAAGUUAAACUUUUCAGUUCACAAUUAAACACACAAAUGUAAAUGAUGUUUUUGUAUUACAACUUGUAAAGGUAAACUCAUAAACAGUUAAUAACUUUAAAUCUAUAAAACAGUAUUCUUUGCAAAAGAUCAUCUGAAUAUACUUAAAUCUUUAAGUUAAAAUUUUCCUGUUAAAUUUUCAAUUAAAAAUGACUAUUGUGUGACCAUUUACAUAUGAAGCACAACCAUGCAGCAGAUGUUGUAAAUCCAUCUGGGAAAUAUGGGGCAGUGGUGGCUCAGUGGUUGAUGACCAGAAUGUUGGGGGUUCAAGCCCCAGCACCACCAUGAUGCCACUGGUGGGCCCUUGAGCAAGGCACUUAACUCCAGGUUGCUCUGGGGGGAUUGUCCCUGUAAUAAGUGCACUGUAAGUCGCUUUGGAUAAAAGCGUCUGCCAAAUGCAUAAAUGUAAAUGCCCCACAUUAUCUUGCCGAAUGCUGGGGGGUGGGACGUUGCAGCACAUCUUUUUCUCUUUGGGAGCUGAUGACCUCUCUUCAGCUUUGGAUGUUCUCCCUCUCUUUGCAGUAUUGAUCUGAAUGAGGGAGGUGCUGUGCCUGGAAGUGCAAGGCUUUACAAUCAUGUCUGUACAGCAACCAAGCAUUGACUACUCCAAGUAUGAUAGUGUGCCAGAAGAUAUACAAGUACCAACGUCUGGACCUGAUGUUCAGCUUGUACUUGGCUGUGAAGGAAACAAGUAAAUCAAUGCCACCCAUGCACUGGUUGUACACCCUCACAACAGAAGGUCUGCUGACUUCAAGAUAAGACUUUGUGCAUUUGUCACAAUGCUUAAUCUUCUCUACUGGUUGUGGUACCAGUGAAACCUGGCAGAUUUCUUCAUGCUACGUGCUGAAUCACAUCUUUCAUCUGAAGAACUGUUCUCACUUUCCUCUUUUUCCUCACUUUGCCUUUCUUCCUGUCCUCCUUCCUCACUUUCAUUAGUAAGAUUCUGUUUCCUUACAUCAUUUUCAGUACUUUCUUCAACAAUAUCACUGUCCUCUUAUUCAAUUUCAAAAUCACUUAUAUCUCCGUUAACAAUUGCCUCCAAAAAAAUCAAUUGCCUCCAAAAAAAAAAUCAUCUGCCUCCUUUUGUCAAUGGCAUUCUGAAAGAUCUAGAAAAUACCCUUCUCUUACCAACUGUAUGCAAUGUAAUAUAUGUAGUACAAUUUAAAUAAAAAAAAUUAAUUAAUGAGACAAUGCGAAAACAGAAAAGAGCUGAAAAUAAUUUGGAAAACUUAACAUAUGAUUUACUGUAGGCCUAUAUGUUCCGUUCUGUGAGAAAUAUAGAAAAAAGUUUGACCACUAAUCCCCAGCAUUGCAUUAUUGCUACACUUAAAAAAAAAAAAAGGGGUCUCAGAUUUAAGUAAGUUGAUAAUUUCAGUGCUUAUAAGCUUUUCUCAAUCACUAAAACAUGUUUUUUACAGGAAUUAAGAAAAAAAAAUAUUGUAUGUAAAAUACUUGAAAAAUGGCUUAAUUUGUUUUAGAAGUGUUCAACUUUGUCAGCAAGCUGGACCCUUUUUGUUAGGACUUAAGUUGUCGGAGUUAAUAAGCAAAUUUUACCCGCCAAAACCAAUGUAGUGAGAAAGCUCUGAGUGUCAGCUACUGUUCUGUGUAGUUUUUUUACCAGUAUUUAAUGAAAAUGAGGUAUUAUUUGAUUGAUUUGUAAAAACUUUGCAAUUCUGCUAUGCUGGGUCUCUGAGGGUUAAAGGUGCACUCAGUAAUUUUGGUGUUUAUGUCAUCUUGUACUUACACUGAC